ACCCCUCCACCCCUCACUCACCUCGUCACAUCCUCAAACAGUUCCCUCAUCAGAGUCAGCACCUGCCAGGGUAGAAGGCCAGCUUGUUCUUUUGCGAAUUUCCCUGCGACGUACAGCCAUAUCAAAUCGUCAGCAUCUCACUAUACCCGCACCAAUCGGCCUCGCAUCACCAUGUCCCAGGGACUUCAGCAACAGAACAACGACCACCUGGUCCAAUCGGACGACCCAGAGCACCCGGCUAACCUCAUCCCUGAGCUCUGCCGUAAAUUCUACAACUGGGGCUGGGUUACGGGAACUGGCGGUGGUACCUCCAUUCGCCGCGGAGAGCAUAUUUUUAUCGCCCCUUCUGGUGUACAGAAGGAAUUGAUGCAACCACACAACAUCUUCGUUUUGCAGUACCCCACGCCCAAAUACCCCCCCUCCGAGCGCAAGUACAUCCGUAAGCCUCUCGAUCUGAAACCCUCCGCUUGUACCCCGCUGUUCCUCGCCGCAUUUGAGCGCGGCGCUGGCUGCUGCAUUCACACACAUUCCCAGUGGGCGGUCCUGGUGACCCUCCUGGUUGAGCGCGAGAAGGGACCCGAGGGCUGCUUUGAGAUCAGCAACAUCGAGCAGAUCAAGGGUAUACCCAAGGGCCCAGGCAAGGGAAUGCUAGGGUACUUUGAUACCCUUAGGAUUCCGAUCAUUGACAACACUGCUUUUGAGGAGGACCUUACGGGAAGCCUGGAGAAGGCCAUGGAUGCCUACCCAGAUACCUAUGCUGUGCUCGUGAGAAGACAUGGAAUCUACGUAUGGGGUGACAAUGUGGCGAAGGCGAAGACCCAAUGUGAGAGUCUGGAUUAUCUGUUUCAGCUUGCUGUAGAGAUGCAUAAGCUUGGUAUUCCAUGGGUCAAAUAGAUGGGGAAGGAUCUACCACC